GCCGAAAUUGGAAGCAGAGCAGAUAAGGUUCUUCUUCUACUAGCUUGCUUCCCUCCUUUUCCCCGAGUAUCUCCGAGAGUGCAACCAUGGCGACGAGCUCUCAUCUUCUUCCUCAGGCAUUGCAUAUGAUACCGAGAAACCCUACGCAGUCAUCGAAGAAUUUAGGGUUUUCUUCGUUUCUAUCAUGUGCACCUUCGAUGAAUUCUCGUCUAUCGGUUUCAAGGCUUUCUCUGAACCACCCAGGCUCGAAACUCGGCUUCUCAAACGAUACUAAGGUGAGACGUGAGUUUAUCGUUAGAGCAGAAGAGAACCCUAAAGGUGAAUCUGAAUCUGUGGAAGCUGUUGAUGGUACUGAUGAUACGGAAGGUAAUGUAGAAGAGGUAGUGGAAACUGGUGAAGCCAAACCUGCAAGGAAACCGAGAAUCAAGCUCGGAGAUGUAAUGGGGAUACUGAACCAGAGAGCAAUUGAGGUAUCAGAGAAAGUGAGACCUGUUCCAGAAAUCAGGACAGGAGAUAUUGUAGAAAUCAAAUUGGAAGUUCCUGAGAACAGACGUAGACUGUCCAUCUACAAAGGCAUAGUGAUGUCGAGACAAAACGCAGGCAUACACACUACCAUUCGUAUUCGGAGAAUCAUUGCUGGUAUUGGUGUUGAAAUCGUGUUUCCCAUAUACUCUCCCAACAUCAAAGAGAUAAAAGUGGUGAGUCACAGAAAAGUGAGAAGAGCAAGGCUUUACUACCUGAGGGACAAGCUUCCCCGUCUAUCCACUUUCAAGUGAACACCAUCCACUGGUGUCUGUUCGACCUCCAAAGGUAGUAAUCGCCUGCUGUCUGCUCUGUUCUUGUAAGAAUUGUUUGUUUUUUCUUUUCUUCUUUUUUUUUUUUAAGCCUGUAAGUCAUGGCAUGCACAUUGUUCUGAGAAAGUAAAUCAAGAUUGGUCGAGCUUCCGGUUGAUGAAUGUAGACCUGGUCCCUGUUUGAUAAUGAAUGAUAUUCGACCUUUUAUAGGACUUAGGA